AUGUCGGAGGUCCUCACUGUAGACGCUAUUCUGUUCGGGUUGCUGGUUUUCUCCGGCAUCUUGGGAAAUAUACUGGUCAUCCAUGUGGUGUUCCAGUCAGCCGCUGAGAGUCCGUCUCAACGGCUCCCUCUCCCUGACACCAUCCUGGUGAACCUGUCCAUGGCCAACCUGCUGACGUCUCUGUUCCGCACGGUGCCCAUCUUUGUGUCCGACCUGGGUCUGGACGUGUCCCUGGCACUGGGCUGGUGCCGCCUCUUCAUGCUGCUGUGGGUGUGGUGGCGGGCAGUGGGCUGCUGGGUCACCCUGGCCCUCAGUGCCUUCCACUGUGCCACCCUGAGGCGCCAACAUGUGGCCGCGGGGCUACGGACGCAGCGGUGCCAGAGGAACAGGGCGAGGGUUGCCUUGGUGCUGGUCUGGGGGCUCAACCUGGCCUUCUCCUUGCCUGCGCUGGUGUACACCACCAACACCACCACCACCAACGCCACGGUGGAUGUGAUGGUGAUCAGCUGUACCACCAGGCCCCUGCUGGGCUGCGUGUGGACGUUCCCCUCGGAAAAGCAGGGCUUGGCCUUCGCCUCCACUUCCCUGGCCCUUAACGAGGUGGCUCCCCUGGUGCUUAUGUUGGGCACCAACCUGGCCACGCUGCACGCCCUGGCCAAGAACAUCCGAGUGGUCACCUCGACGAGCGGGGCAGGGACCCACGGCGAGCUGGAAAAUCAUUUGGCCAGUCAACGCAAGGCCGGUCAUGUGAUUGUGUCACUGGUGACGCUGUUUGUGUUGUGCUGGGCUCUGCAGGUUACUGCGGUGACAUACUAUAACCACAACAGGGGACGUCACGCGGAGGCGCUGCUGACAGUGUCCCACUUCUCUGCCUCUCUGUUUGUGGGCUUCAGCCCCAUGGUGGUGGCCCUGGGGCACAGCAAGCUGAGGAGGAGGAUCAUGGGGACCAUUGUCGGCUGUGCUGACAGGAUGAAGUGUCAACAGCAGGUGGCAGUGAGGGAACACAAAACUCAAGACAGAAGGAGAACAAAUGGAAAACAAAACAUUUUCACUAUUUAAAAGGACAGGUAAUAAAG